UCACGUCCACUCGACCUAGCCCGCCGCACAGUCCGAUGACUCAGUCCUGGUUACAUUGCAGUGCAGUGCCAACGGUGGUGUAAUUACAUGUAGGAGAGACAGUGGUGUGGUGUUUCUCUUGUCAUGUGGGGAGUGCGAUGGCGUUAGGAACCAUGACUCGGCGCCCACUAUUGCUUCUCGCCUUGCUGGCGGCUGCGCUCGCUAACCAGCUUGAAGAUAUUCCACACAAUGAAGUCAAGAAUUGGGCACUGAAAUUCGGCGUCGACCUGUGGGAGUUCGGACGGCACUUCACGAAAAUGAAUCAAAUACAGAACAAAUACCAUGAGUACAACGUGGAGGUGAUCCGAAAAGACGGCCUGCUCUUGGUUCGAGAGCUCGCUGCUGAAGUAAAGAACCAUAUGGAUUUUAAAAUCAACGCUGUCAUGCGUAUCAUGGAUUCGGCGGAGGCGGCUGCUCUCUCAGCCGGCAGCAGCAGCACUGACGGUUCACCUGGCUCCUACUACGACGCACGUUGGUUAAACGUACACGCAGAUGACGGAACUUUAGCGGCGCGGGCACGUCGCCUUCUCCUGUCACCCAGCAGACAUUUCGAUCACAUUGCUGUCAACGCCAGCUACAGCGCAGUGCUGAUGCCACCUUACAUCAACACUGAGGAUGAAGAGGUACAAAAUCAGAUAGCGUGGUCAGAGCAUUUGGAUCCUCUCUUUGUGAAUAAUUAUGAAAUCGAUCCGACACUAUCGUGGCAGUACUAUGCCUCAUCUUCGGGUUUCAUGAGGCGAUACCCAGCAAUGUCUUGGCCACCUGAGGACGGCUAUUCGCACCACGCGCGCGAUUUCUACGACUUCAGGUCAUCGAAUUGGUUUGUCGAAGCUGCAACCUCGCCUAAAGACCUCGUGAUCCUUUUAGACGACUCUGAUGACCUCGGUUCGUCUUACCGCCGUCUCGCGAAGGCUACCGUGUCCGCCCUUCUCGACACACUCGGCCCAAACGACUUCGUCAAUGUAUACAGAUACAGUGACACCGUAUCAGAGCUACACACCUGUUAUACGAAAAUCUUGGCUCAGGCGGUACCUGAAACAAUACGAGAGUUGAAAAGUGCAACGUGGGCCUCGGAGGCGUCGGGCGGCGCAGCCAAUCUGACCGGCGCUCUUACCACGGCCUUUGAAAUACUCCAUCGGUAUAAUCGUACUGGACAAGGUUGCCAAUGCAACCAGGCGAUUGCUGUGGUGGGUGCAGGCGGAGGUGCAGGCGGAGUAAAGGCCGUAUUUCGUACUUGGAACUGGCCUCAUAUGCCAGUGCGCAUCUUUACUUAUCGAGUAGGUGGAGACGCUGCCUCUGGUCAUAAUAUGAAGGACAUGGCUUGCACUAACAAAGGUUUCCAUGUGACGAUAAACGAUCACGGAGAGGUUCGUCGUAAAGUCCUGCACUUUGUGGAGGUGCUCGCACGCCCCAUGGUGAUGUACCAGACGAUACAUCCAGUGCACUGGAGUCCCGUCUACGUCGGAGGCAGGAGUAGCAGCCUGGACGACGACGGGAUGGGUCAACUGAUGACGUCAGUCACAGUUCCUAUUUUCGACAGGAGAAACCGUACGCAAAGAGAAGCCAACUUACUGGGAGUAGUUGGUACUGAUGUUCCUGUCGAUCAAAUAAAGAAGCUCGUACCACCAUAUAAGUUAGGAGUUAACGGUUACUCGUUUAUGGUGGAUAACAACGGGCACGUUUUGUAUCACCCAGAUCUACGACCUUUGCACACUAAUGAGGAGUACACAGAAACACUACGACCUCUUUACUCCAGCGUCGACAUCACAGAUGUCGAACUUCUUGUUGAUUCCGAUGAGAAUUCGCGAGUCAAUCUUACUUCUCUACUUCUUGACCUGCGACAUGACAUGAUAGAGCAGCGCGAGGGCGAAACUGAGAUGGGUGUUAAGGUGCAGUACGAAGGAAUGCGAAGAGUCGCAACGCGAAGACAACGCUACUUUUACAGCCCAGUGGACGGCACGCCGUACUCGCUGGCCGCCGUACUGCCCGACGGAUACGGCAUGUACGAGCUGCAAGCUGAACAGGAGAUAAAACAUAGUCCUAUAAAUGUAACAGAAUACUUUAAAGGCGACAACUGGAAAGUUCAUCCCAAGUGGGUAUACUGCGAGUACGCGUCGACGUCGGAGCAGUCGUUCUCGUCGCCGGAGGAGCAGCUCGUGCACUUCCUGACGCGCGCGGGCCGGCCGGGCUGGAAGUGGAUGUCGCUGCGCCCGCGCGCGCUCACGCUGCACAACGCGCACAAGAAGCAAGACCGGGACUCGUACUACUGUGAUAAAACUUUAAUGCAAUCUUUAGUACGUGAUGCAAUGGUAAUAAAAGAGUUGGACGCUCACACUGGACACGCGAGCCAUCACUCUCACCCGAUAGCGACAUUAAUGGCACUACUAACAAGACAAGGACGCUUUCACAAGUUCGUGGUGACUCUGUCUUUCAUCGCAACUAGAAGCGGCCUAUUGAAGUGGACUGAAAACAUGAAUACUUCAAGAUCAGCUGAUUCUUCUGAACCACAUUUCAGCGAAAAAUAUGCACGUGCUUAUGACUCGGAAUGGUAUCGACGCGCAGUAGAGCAUCAUUCCAUUGAGCCUGAAAGUUUUGUCUUCUCUGUCCCCUUUCGAGAUGGUUCCGAACCAGAAGAUUUUAGUGGAAAACCUCCUCUAGUGCUGGCCACUCACGCCGUGUUCGUGGAAUCGAGAGGACAUCGCGCCCCGGCCGCCGUCGUCGGAUUACAUUUCCAACUAGAUUCGCUUGCGAAACAUUUCUUGAACGUUACAUCUACGUGUACAGCGGGAAGUAUUUGCAAAAAAACAUGUGCUGGCGACGAACUGGACUGCUACAUCCUAGAUGACAACGGUUUUAUAAUAUUAUCUGAAGACGCUUCGCAGACCGGACGGUUCUUCGGACAGGUGGACGGGACGAUAAUGGACUCGCUCGUACAAGAUAGAAUCUACAAGAAAGUUACCGUACACGACCACCAGGGUCGAUGCCCGGAUUCAAGAAACACAUUCAGUGGCGACAGUAACAAGCUGACCCCCAUGAAACCGCUAUCCUGGCUGGGCGGAUACGUGGCUAACUUGCUCGCCGUUUGGUACCCGCUGUGGGAGACCGUACAGGCCCGACCUCACGCUCAUCCGGAAGAGGAAUUGGAUUACGAAGAUUACGAACACGAGGAUAUGGAACACGAGGACGACAUGGACCGGGACCGCGGCACGUACGAGAUCAUCAUCGACGGGCUGGGCGCGGCCGAGGCGGCGGGCGGCGCGCAGCCCGUGAGCCCGGGCCCGCCGCGCGAGCCGCCGCGCGACGCCGCGCGCUCCGCCGCCGUGCGCCCCUGCGACACGAGCGCCGAGCUCUUCACGCUGCAGUCCACGCGCCUCAACGCCGCGCAGCCGCUCAAGGGGAAGCUCACCAACUGCCACAACUCCGGAUGCGAAAGGCCGUUCAGCGUGCAGAAGAUCCCGCACAGCAAUCUGAUCCUGCUGGUGGUGGACACGCUGUGCCCGUGCGGCGCCAAGCGCCUGGACGUGCGCGCGCGCGAGGCGACCGCCCGCAGCGCGUGUCGCCGCCCCCCGCGCGCCCUGCCGCGCCGCCGCCCGCCCGCCUGCGUGUCCUACCACCCAGAGGAAAUUGAGAUCCUAUCAUGCGGUCGCGGCGCUAUCGCUCGUCCGCUUUCCGCCAUGUUCGCUACGCUCGUGCUGCGGCUCUUUUUGACUCUUGCAACGUGACUGUCCAAUAUUUAAACGUACUACCAUUUAACCGACCGCAGGUCUCCAGACCGUCUGAAGCUUUCUACAAAACCAUAUCGAGUUCCAUAUCAAAAAUAAGAAUAAUUUUACUGAAUCGCCGUUUCGUGAAGUUUUUAAUCUGAAAGCAUCGCCAGUCACCGUACUUCAGUGUUCGCGUGGUUUUAGUGUGAAUGGACUGUUUGUAUGAACCUCUGUGUAAGAGUUCGCGUGCGCGCUCGCCGGAGACGAGUCGAGGUGUGUUGAUAUAAUUAGAGUAACGAUCGGAGCGCUCCAGCUUUCUGAGCGGGUGCCUUCCCUCGGCCCAUUUUGUAGGUGUUUGCGAGAUGUUUAAUGUUUUGACGAUUUUACAGACUGAAGUUUUGGUCCGACCAAGUGAACUUUUGAUCUUGUUUUGAGACAGGAUUAUCGAUUCGAACUAGGUUAAGAUAACGUUUAAAAUAUUUUCUCCUCUGUUAAGUUGACAUUCUCGAUAUUGUAACUAUGAUGCGGUCGCAUACAUUAUAGGUAGGUAACUAAUAUCUUGUUAAAUUUAAUUGAGGAUUAUCACAAACUUGAAGAACUUAUAAAUUAUAGCUAAUGUUAAUAGAUAUUUAAAUAUAAUAAAUGUAAAAUAAUAAUAUCGUUUAAAAACUGUUUUAGAAAAAUUUACCUAUGUUGAUCCUAACACGAUUUAUUUCUUUAUAUAUUUUCAACAAUAUAAUUGCUAAAUAAUAUUAUAUAGUUGCAUAGAUUUAUUGUGUUUUUAUUGUAAAUAAGAGACGUUUUGUUUGUAGGCAAUUACGUCGCAACGUUUAUUUGUAAAAUUAUUAUCGAUAUUGUAACGUAACGAGUCGACGAGUAAGCAUCGUAGAGUUGAUCGAUUAAUCUCAACUCUUAAAUUCAAUUUCUAAUAACGUAUAAGGAGCGGAAUGGGAGCGAAACAUUAAAUGUACUUUAAUUGCUAUGAAACUUAAUGUUAUAAACAAUAAAUAUAUAUUAAAUAGUCCAAAGUUUUUAUAUUCGUCAAAUCAAUAUAAUUUCGAUUUAUUGUAAAUUAGAUAUUUUAAAAUAUUGCUGUACAGGGUUAUAUUAGAUCUGGCAUCUUUAUUCUUAUUAUAUAAUAAUGAACAAUUUUAAUUAUUCGAUUAGUAUUAUUAAAUAAAAAAUCACAUUUGCUCCGAUAUUUGUCACGGUGUUCUCUCGGCCGGCUCCCAUUCAUCUAGACGUUAGCGAAACUUGCCUAAUCUUCGAAUAACGUACAUAUUUAUAUGAGAUGUCGCGUCUCAUCUUGUAAAUAUAUAUAUUCGAAGGCCUACUAUAUAUUAAUGUGUGUUGCUAUGUUUAUAGUUCGACUUCAACUUCUUCUGUCGUACGUUUAUAUCAAAUCAUGUCGUACUCACAGAAUUAUUUCCAUUUUAAAUGUCUACAUUAUUCAUAAUAUACGAAAUCUCAUUGCGCUAUAUACACGGCCUAGUUAUAUAACAUUUAAUAUAAGUAAAACAUCUAAUAAAAUCGAAUCGAACAAUCUGUUUGUAUAUCAUAAACGUUGUUUAUAAAUUUAAAUCAGAUUCAUAUUAACUUAACGUAUAGACUAUAUUAUUAUAACAGUUCAUAUAAGCGUUAAAGGUGGAGCUUGCUGUUGUCCAUUCCGAAUAAACAUUUUUACUGAAACAAUAAUCUGAAAUAGUACAAAGUUAUAUAUUAUGUAAUAGCUCGCAUUGUGUGCCAAACCACAGCCAAGUUUCGUAAUAUACCGAUUUUAUUAAACGGGACCGACACUUGAGAAAAAAAAGGACAAUAGCAUGCUCGAAGGUCCGAAGGAUUUAUCACAGUAUAUAUAACUCUCCUCUUAAUAAACUUACAAUUCGCAAAAAAUAUAAAAAUAAAUUAAACACGACUUAUUUCGCAUUAUAUUCGAUAUUAAACAUACUAUUAUUACGUUGAAAAAAAAUUUAUUUAUCUUAUGUAUAAAUACAAGAGAAUGUGUUGUAGUUUACUGUGAUCGAUUCACUAAUAUAUAGUUUCGACAUUAUCAAAAUUAUAUUGUACCGUGCUCUCUCGCGGCGUUAAUGAUUGCGAGGACGCUUUUGAGAUGUUGUACAUUUUGUAUAAAUAUAAAUACAGUAAGGAGUCGAUGUGACGUAAUAGUUUCAGCUGGUGAGUGGCGAACGACUGGUAAUGUAUUGAAAGUGCUUCUUGUAAGCGUCGAGUCUUCCAUAGCAGUCGGACGCGGAGCGAGUGUUUACUGUAACUAAGUAUUAAACGAUAAUAAUAGAUUAUACUUAUCAUAGCGUAGGCGGCCUCGCGGCGGGUUUAUGUACACGAAACAAUUACCUCGUUUAGUUACGCAAUAAUAGCUAGAAAGAAUUUAGACUUCAUUUCGCGUUUAGUUAUUGGACAUAUCAAUUCAGGCACCAAAUGAGACUAUAGCGUAAGCGAUUUUUUGAAUAUUUUCAAUUGUUAUAUUAUUCGGAGUUUAUAGAGAUCUCUUUCAUGACCGAUGCCUUCUUUAAUAUAAAAAAAAAAAAUAGACGAAAUAGUAUUUUAUUAAAUGAAUACCGUUCUAAAGUGCCGUGUGGAUCGUGUGUAAUUGAUACGAGGUUGGCAUCAGACGUAUAAAUGUUAGGAGGUCUCUAUGUAACUCAUUCUAAGGUUCGUACGUGCAAUAAAUUUUAUGUAAGGAACAGUAAUUUCUAAAUUUAUGCCACGUUCAAUUAUCUGUGUACAAUUUUCUACGAAACAUGUACUUGUUCAUUUCUUAACCUUUCAUGUGUAAUCACUCAUUCCCUUGUUAACGCUUUUAGAUAUUAGGUAAUAUUCAAAAUUUUACUGAAAAUACAUUUCUGAUGUAAUAUUCGACGUUUGCUGUUUUUUAAUUAUCAUUUAUCAAAAUUAGUUUUAAUAUAUUUUUUAUUAUGAUGUAAUAAAACUAAUUAUGAUAUAGAUAAACUUUAAUAUAGUGUACUUGGGCACGGCCGACUGUAAACAUGGUUCUCUAGAGUAAUUAUAGUUGAAUACUUUUCCUUUUUGUUACUUGCCCGUUCAUGCUAUAGAUAAACAGUAAUUACAAAAAUAAAGUUCUCUUAUAAC